AUGAUGGUUACAAUUGUCUUGAGGCCAUUUGAGGCCCACUUAUAUGGUCCACUAAAAUUUCAGACUUUAGAUGUGAUACAGUACGACUCAGGAGCUUAUAUAAUGAGGGAUCUUGUUGAGAGACUGGAUCAAGCUUGUAGCUCAACUGUAUCUACACAACAGACGGCAUCAGAAAGAAUGGAUCCACAGAAAAGAAAGGACCUGGACGAGAAGGCAAGAAAGGGAGAGGUGGUCAUCCCUGGUGGAACUGGUGGCAAGAGCCUUGAGGCUCAGGAGCACCUUGCUGAAGGAAGGAGUCGUGGAGGGCAGACAAGGAAGAAUGAGAUAGGGCAUGAGGGGUACCAUGAGAUGGGGAAGAAGGGUGGAUUGAGCACAACUGACAAGUCCGGAGGAGAGCGUGCUGCGGAGGAAGGCAUCCCAAUUGACGAGUCCAAGUAUAAAACUAACGGUCGUUCAAAUGAGUGA